CGUACCUUAACCACACUGCGCACAGAUAGGCUGCUCCUCGACCUGCGAUGUGCCUAAUGGAACCAGCGAGGCUCGAGUAACGAAGUUAAAAGUUAUGUCAGUAUUGCGCUAACUCACUCCACGUAGGAUGCUAUAUACAUAUACGCCUGUACCUAUCGAUGCGUAGAUACAUAUUUAUACGUACAUCGUCUCGGUAGAAUUUAAACAACCUGCAUUACAUUUAUAAAUAAACCGAAGCUAUUAUACCCAGAAGCCGAAUGCGCGAUAAGAGGAAUACUAAUUGAUAGAACCCUACGGACUGGAUCGAUACGUACGAAGUCUGGUUCAUUAGUAGGAAAUCAGAACCUUGGAUUUCGGGGAAGAGGUCGAAAUGGGAUACUCGACUGAAAAGAACCAACACCCGUAUUAGGAGUCGAAUAAAUAUGGUUGCAGGUGCCGCGCGUUAAGGUCGAUCCCGCAGAGGGUGGUUGAUUUUUGGGAGUUGCGGAAUGGGCGGAUGGCAGCUCGGCGUAAUAUCGGCGAUCGGCCUGAUGCUGAACGCGUACAUUGUCAUCAUCGUGAUCCUGACUCGGCAGACUCGAACCCCGGCAAGCGCCGCGACGCCCGCGACGACUGUGCUUCUGGUCCACCUCGGUGCUGUCGAGAUCAUCCUCUGUCUCGUCAUUCUCAUCGCAUCAUCGACGAACGGAGUCCCCUGCGUCCUCCAUGGAUUCGUACUCGCUCUCCUCCACCCCGUCGCCUUGUGGACUGUAACUGGUCUGAACUGUGACAGGUAUUGCGCGAUAGCCGCUCCCCUUCACUACGCGGGUUUGGUAUCUACGAAGAGGGUUGCUUUCGCCUUGGUUACCGCCUGGUCCGGAAUCCUUCUCCUCUGCCUUCCACCCCUCUGUGGCCUCGCGCCACCGUACAGGUAUGAUCCGGGUCUCGGUUGGUGUGUUCCGGACUUGGGAGCGGUCGGCUGGGGGAUGGAAGCCACGUGGUACGCCGUCACGUACACUUCUCUUGGUUUGGCCCUUCCAGCCGCCCUCGUGACAGCCUGCAACCUUCGCGUUCUCAGGAUUGCCCGGUAUCACCGUCAUCGCAUUGCCAGCGCCAUAUACCAGGUCACCCUCAGUGCCCAGGUGACGAUAACUCACCAACGAAACCCUUUCUCUCUGAUGCCUGCAACAUGGAUGCAGGGCAACGCCGGAGGACCACCCCGAUUGCGAAGUCCAGCGACAUGCACGGUGGUCCAGCUGCUUGGCUCAUUGUACACGAUGUAUUUGCCCUACUGCGUGCUGAUCGCUUGGAAGGUUUGCAUUGGUCAGCAGUCACUCCCAGAGCCGCCAGCCGAAGUCGAAACCUUUGCCGCAACCCUGCUAGCCUGUUCAGCCCCGGUGAAUGGUCUCCUCUACGGGUUGAAAUCGAGAGCCCUAAGGCACUCGGUGCGAAACUACUUUCGGAAGAAGGCUACCGAGUCGGAGCUGCAUCAGGAAAUUCAGGCACGGGUACCGAGCGUAACCGGUUCCAGGCGUCCCUCGAUGUCCACGGCGACGACGCAUUUUCCCAUGUUACUCGCCCAUCGGUGUCUGAGCGAGGUUCUUCUUCCUUCGGACGAACAGCAGCGACCUGCUGCUCUGCGGACAGCCACCUCCUGCAACACCCUGGGCAUACCAAGCAUCCGAGCCAACAUAUCCGGGGAGGGUAGACAGCUGGGGGAUUCGAUGGCGAGGACCGAAAGUGGGGUUCCACUCCUGCGGGAUCAGGACCAAGGUCUACCUCUCUCGGAUCCCAGCAAUCAACCGGACCAACGGAGCCCUGAAGAGACUUGAAAUACAAAGGAAAAUUGAUCAAUACCGAGAGGAUCAUCGGAUAACUAUUACAGGCUGGACAAUCGACACAUAGUAACUGAUGUAAAACGAGUUAAAUCAGUCAAGAUCACCGUCGAUCGGUUACCUACGUCACAUACUGGCCGAAUUUGCGAAACUAUUUUUAUACUUUUAAAUUAACGAGACGAUCUUACUUGAACAGUAUUAUACAUGUAUGCUAUACGCAUAACGCAAUACCGAACUGGCAUUCGAUCUUAGAAUAGCUUGGGGGAAAGUCCUUCAUACCCGUAUCGUAGUUGUGUUGGGAUAGAGGAAUAGUUGAGCAUCGCCAAAAACCACAGUGUGCAGUUAUACUCUUGAGUAAACGGAUGAUAGAGAGAAAUUACGUUUAGAAUUCAGAUAUCAUACAGGUAUGCUUCGUAUUUUCACCUAACGUGAUUGCCGAAGGGUGCAGGAAUACCACUAUAGAUUUGCAGAUCUCAUACUGUCCGCACGAUUUUAUUCCCGAUGAUCUCCUAAAUAUCAAUUAUAUUUGCGUGCCAAAGUGUUUACCACAUGAGAACUGCGACUGUCCAUAUUAUAGAGCUGGGGGACUUUUCUCCGCGUUAUAACUGCGAGUGCCCUAAAACCGGGAUAUACACAAUAUAGAUAUACAUUAUAUAUUUUUCUAGAUACACAAAAAAAAGGCUGGCCCUUGAUAACCACGUUAAAACUCUGCGGCAAAAGUGACAUUAUACCUAUGUAUGUACAUGUAUAACAUACAUGAUAGCGGUAACGUGAUAUGGGUAUUGUAAAUAUUCCUGUAAAUGAGGAGUAUAGAUGUCAACGUAAGUAUAUACAUAUAUCAUACCUAAUAUGUAUAAUAAUGCAGCUAUAUACUCUUAGAGAAACGGUGAUAACUGAUCGCGAAUGUAGAGAUUAUGUACCUAUUCGUAUAUAUUAAUCGAUAAAUCGUACAGUGGAGCGAGUUCAAUAGGGUGCAACAGAAAUACACAUGUUAUUAAUGAGGUGUUCAUCAACGUUAUACCUACACCGAAUUUUACCUACCUAUAGCCGGGAGAAACGAAAGAGAGUUGGAGUUGAAUUAAAAAAAAAACAAUAUAUCCCACUGAUAAAAACGAAAUAUAUCAUGUACGCACAGAGAAAAAUACUGAUGA